AUGGUGCGAACCGAUGGAAAAGUGGUGUGUUUUUUGGUGCUCGAAGACGGCACCGUCCUCACCGGCGAAUCUUUCGGCGCGCAAAAAACCGUGGAAGGGGAAGUCGUUUUCCAAACUGGUAUGGUCGGUUAUCCCGAGUCCUUAACAGAUCCAAGUUACCGUUCGCAAAUUUUAAUUCUUACCUACCCCCUAAUCGGAAACUACGGGGUCCCGGAGCAAACGAAAGAUGAACACGGGCUACCCUAUUUUUUCGAAUCCAGCCGAAUAUGGGCGUCGGCGCUCGUGGUCGGGGAGCACUGCGAUUUCCCGAGCCACUGGCGCAGCUCCAGAACCCUAUCCGAAUGGAUGGCGGAGGAGAACGUACCGGGAAUCCAAGGGAUCGAUACGAGGCAGCUGACGAAGGUGAUCAGAGAAAAGGGUACCAUGUUGGGAAGAAUCACCUACAAUUUACCCGCUCCCGAUCGUCCGAUCGCCGAUCCUAACGCGAGGAACUUGGUCGCCGAGGUGUCGAUUAAAGAACCGAUCACGUACAAUGCGAAAGGAUCCCCGCGAAUUUGCGCCGUCGACUGCGGCCUCAAAUACAAUCAACUGCGCUGUUUGAUUAGCAGAGGGGCGAGGGUGGACGUCGUUCCGUGGAAUUACAGAUUCAAAGUCGACGAUUACGACGGGUUGUUUUUGAGCAACGGUCCCGGCAACCCGGAAAUGUGCACAGAAACCAUAGCGAACAUACAAUCUGCCAUAAACGGCAAAGCCACCAAGCCGAUUUUCGGCAUAUGUUUAGGCCAUCAGCUCCUCUCCAAGGCCAUCGGCUGCCUCAGCUUUAAAAUGAAGUACGGAAACCGCGGUCACAAUCAACCCUGCGUGCACCACGACACGGGCAGGUGUUACAUGACAUCGCAAAACCACGGUUUCGCCAUCAAGUCCAUACCAGAAGGCUGGCAACCGCUAUUCACGAACGUCAACGACGGCACCAACGAAGGUAUAAUCCACACGACUCGGCCGUACUUCAGCGUGCAAUUCCAUCCCGAGCACACGGCCGGGCCGCAGGACCUCGAGAAGCUCUUCGACGUCUUCCUCGAAGCCGUCAAGCUCGGCCCGACCGUCAACGUUCGCGAUCUAAUAACGGCGGCGCUCAAAUUCAACGUGGAGAAACCGUUCUCCAUGAGCCUGCCCAAGAAGGUCCUCAUCAUAGGAUCCGGCGGGCUGUCGAUCGGCCAGGCCGGCGAGUUCGACUACUCCGGCUCGCAAGCCAUCAAAGCCUUGAAGGAGUCCAACAUCCAAACGGUCCUGAUCAAUCCCAACAUCGCCACAGUGCAAACCUCCAAAGGUCUGGCGGAUAAAGUGUACUUCCUGCCGCUGGUGCCGGAGUACGUGGAGCAAGUCAUCCGCUCGGAGCGGCCCAGCGGCGUGCUUCUGACCUUCGGCGGCCAGACCGGCCUGAAUUGCGGCGUCGAGCUCGACCGGCAGGGCGUCUUCCAGAAAUACAAUUGCAAGAUCCUCGGGACGCCCAUACAAGCGAUCAUCGACACGGAGGACCGCAAGGUGUUCAGCGAGCGGAUAUCCGAAAUCGGGGAGAAAGUGGCGCCCAGCGUGGCCGUGCACUCGGUGAAGGAGGCGCUGGAGGCGGCCGAGCAGCUCAGCUACCCGGUUAUGGCGAGGGCGGCGUUCUCGUUGGGCGGUCUGGGCUCCGGAUUCGCCAACAACGCGGAUGAGCUGAAGAGUUUGGCCCUGCAAGCGUUGGCUCACUCGAAUCAAUUGAUCAUCGAUAAAUCGUUGAAAGGUUGGAAGGAGGUCGAGUACGAGGUGGUGAGAGAUGCAUUCGACAACUGUUUGACGGUUUGUAACAUGGAAAAUGUGGAUCCCCUGGGAAUACACACCGGGGAAUCGAUUGUGGUGGCCCCGAGUCAAACGUUAUCGAAUAGAGAAUACAACAUGCUUCGAUCGACGGCUCUGAAAGUCAUCCGGCAUUUUGGUAUAGUAGGAGAAUGUAACAUCCAAUACGCUUUAAACCCGCAUUCAGAAGAAUAUUAUAUUAUCGAAGUGAACGCUCGGUUAUCCAGAUCGUCGGCUUUAGCUAGCAAAGCUACUGGGUAUCCUCUAGCUUACGUUGCUGCAAAGUUGGCUUUGGGGAUUCCCCUUCCGAACAUCAACAACUCCGUGACGGGAAACACCACGGCUUGCUUCGAGCCGAGUUUGGAUUACUGCGUGGUCAAAAUACCCAGAUGGGACUUGCACAAGUUUACCAGAGUGAGCAGUAAAAUCGGCAGCUCGAUGAAGAGCGUCGGUGAAGUUAUGUCCAUAGGCAGGAAGUUCGAAGAGGCGUUUCAGAAAGCCUUGCGCAUGGUAGACGAGAAUGUGACAGGCUUCGAUCCGUACCUGAAGCCUGUCAACGACGAAGAACUGAAAGAACCCACCGAUAAGCGAAUGUUCGUGCUGGCGGCGGCUCUCAAACAAAACUACACCAUCGAGAAGCUGUACGAACUCACCAAAAUCGACAAGUGGUUCCUGCAGAAGAUGAAGAACAUCAUCGAUCACACGAACCUGCUGGAGACGUUCGACCAGCACAGCUUGACCGACAGCACGUUGCUGAAGGCGAAGCAGCUCGGCUUCUCCGACAAGCAAAUCGCCUGCGCCGUGAAGAGCACCGAGCUGGCCAUUCGGACGCAGCGCCAGGAGUGCCGCAUCACGCCCUUCGUGAAGCAAAUCGACACCGUCGCCGCCGAAUGGCCCGCCACCACCAACUACCUGUAUCUGACCUACAACGCGUCCGGCCACGACGUCGCCUUCGCCGAGGAGCACACCAUGGUGCUCGGAUCGGGCGUCUACCGCAUCGGCAGCUCCGUGGAAUUCGAUUCGUGCGCCGUCGGCUGCCUGAGAGAACUGCGAAGGAUGAACGUCAAAACGAUCAUGGUGAAUUACAAUCCGGAAACCGUCAGUACGGACUACGACAUGUCGGACCGGUUGUACUUCGAGGAGAUCUCCUUCGAGACUGUUAUGGAUAUAUACAACCACGAAAACCCGAACGGUAUAAUAUUGUCGAUGGGCGGGCAGCUUCCGAACAACAUAGCGAUGGAUCUGCACAGGCAGCAAGCUCGCAUACUCGGCACGUCGCCGGAUUCCAUCGACGGCGCCGAGAACCGCUUCAAGUUCUCCCGCAUGCUCGACAGGAUCGGCAUCAUGCAGCCCAGAUGGAAGGAGCUGACCAAUCUGAAGUCGGCCGCCGAGUUCUGUCGCGAAGUCGGCUACCCGUGCCUGGUGCGGCCGUCGUACGUGCUCAGCGGCGCCGCCAUGAACGUGGCGCACUCCGACGAGGACCUCGAAACGUACCUGAACGCCGCCAGCUACGUGAGCAAGGAGCACCCGGUGGUCAUCUCCAAGUUCCUGCUCGAGAGCAAGGAGAUCGACGUCGACGCGGUGGCCUGCGACGGCGUCAUACUCUGCAUGGCCGUGUCGGAGCACGUCGAAAACGCCGGCGUCCACUCGGGCGACGCGACGCUCGUCACGCCGCCGCAGGACAUCAAUUCGGAGACGCUGGCGAAGAUCAAGCACAUCGUCAAGUCCAUAGCGGCUUCGCUGGAGGUCACCGGGCCGUUCAACAUGCAGCUGAUCGCCAAAGACAACGAUCUGAAGGUGAUCGAGUGCAACGUUCGGGUGUCCAGGUCGUUUCCGUUCGUUUCGAAGACGCUCAACCACGAUUUCGUGGCGAUGGCCACCAGGGUGAUAAUGGGCGAGGAGGUGGAUCCGGUGGAUGUGCUCCACGGGUGCGGAAGGGUCGGCGUGAAGGUGCCGCAGUUUUCUUUCUCCAGAUUGGCGGGCGCGGAUUUCAUGCUGGGCGUGGAAAUGGCCUCGACCGGAGAGGUGGCUUGCUUCGGGGAUAACAGAUACGAAGCCUAUUUGAAAGCCAUGAUGAGUACAGGGUUUAGCAUACCACAGAAAAGUAUACUGUUGUCUAUUGGGACGUUUAAGCACAAAAUGGAGCUGCUGCCGAGCAUGAGGGCCCUUCAAAAAAUGGGUUACAAGCUGUACGCCAGUUUGGGAACGGCCGAUUUCUACAACGAGCACGGAGUCGAGGUGGAAUCGGUGCAAUGGACGUUCGACGACAUCACCUCCAAAGGCGAAUUGAAACCGCUGGCGGAGUUCCUGGCCAAAAAGCAAUUCGACCUGGUGAUCAACCUGCCGAUGAGGAACGGCGGGGCGCGUCGAGUGUCUUCCUUCAUGACCCACGGCUACCGGACCAGAAGGGUGGCCAUCGAUUAUUCCAUUCCGCUCAUCACCGACGUUAAAUGCGCCAAGCUAUUAGUCGAGGCCAUUCGUAUCAUCGGUAAAGCGCCGCCGAUGAAGACCCACACGGAUUGCAUCAGUUCCCGGAACAUCAUCAAACUGCCCGGGUUCAUCGAUACGCACGUGCACGUCCGAGAACCGGGCGCUACCCACAAAGAGGAUUAUUCUUCGUGCACGGCUGCCGCCCUCGCCGGCGGCGUCACCCUCAUCUGCGCCAUGCCCAACACCAAUCCCGCCGUCGUCGAUGAAGAAUCCUUCGCUUUGGUGAAAAAACUGGCCAAGGAAGGCGCUCGAUGCGAUUACGCCGUCUUCGUCGGAGCAUCGUCGGACAACACCUCGACCAUUUCCGACCUGGCGGCGGAAGCGGCGGCGCUGAAGAUGUACCUGAACGAAACGUUCACCACUUUGCGGCUGCGCGAUCUGGACGUGUGGACGAAACACUUGGCGAAUUGGCCGAAGAGGGCGCCGCUGUGCGUGCACGCCGAACGUCAAACCACCGCCGCCGUGAUACUGUUGGCCAGCCUGCAGAACCGGGCCGUGCACGUGUGUCACGUGGCCAGGAAGGAGGAGAUACUGCUGAUCAAAUCGGCCAAGGAGAAGGGCUUGAAGAUCACGUGCGAGGUGUGCCCGCACCAUUUGUUCCUGAGCACCAACGACUUGGAGAAGAUCGGGGCGUCCAAAAGCGAGGUGCGACCGGUGUUGUGCUCGCCGGAGGACCAGCAGGCCCUGUGGGACAACCUCCACGUGAUCGAUUGCUUCGCGACGGACCACGCGCCGCACACCGUCGAGGAGAAGCUGAGCGAGAAGCCGCCGCCGGGCUUCCCCGGCUUGGAAACCAUCCUGCCGCUGCUGCUCAACGCCGUCAACGAGGGUCGCAUGACCAUCGAGGAUCUGAUCAACAAGUUCCACAAGAACCCCAAGAAGAUCUUCAAUCUGCCCGAGCAGGCGAACACCUACGUGGAGGUCGACAUGGAGGAGGAGUGGGUGAUACCCCAGGCGAUGGCCUACAGCAAGGCCAAAUGGACUCCUUUCGCCGGGAAAAAGGUUAAAGGUUCGGUUCAUCGAGUGGUGCUUAGAGGAGAGGUGGCCUACGUGGAAGGACAAGUGCUGGUUCCGCCGGGUUUCGGACAGAACGUGAGAGAUUGGGAUAAACGAUUGUACAGCGCUUCGGUGGAAGUGAGCAGACCUUCGUCCACGUUAACUUUAGACAGACCGGCUUCGCCUUACAUGCAGAUGGAGCAGGACGACGUUCAAACGAACGAAAUAUUCUCCAAACUUCUCGCCACCGAAGGCAAGGUUCACUUCGCUCAGGAACCGCCGCAAACGUUCGACUCCAGGCAAUCGUUACUGUCGCCUAUUCCUCCGAGGGUACGAACGGAGAGCUUCUCCAAGCAGAAAUUAGAGCCGACGCAACUGGAGCUUGGGCAGGUGCACCACGCUCAACCGCAUCACUCUCUCGUGCACAAGCAUAUCCUCAGCGUGGAUAUGUUCAGCAAAGAUCAGCUCAACGAUAUCUUCAAUUUGGCUCAAACUUUUAGAGCGUACGUUACCAAGGAUAGACCGUUGGAUCAAAUCCUUCGUGGUAAAAUCAUGGCGUUGAUUUUCUACGAAGCUAGUACCAGAACUAGUUGCAGUUUCGCUGCAGCGAUGCAACGACUAGGCGGUAGAGUUAUCUAUAUGGACGAAGUCAGUUCUUCGGUGAAAAAAGGCGAGACUUUGGAGGAUUCCAUUGGUGUAAUGGCUGGAUACGCAGACGUUAUAGUCCUCAGGCAUCCACAACCCGGUUCAGUGCUGAAAGCCUCGCAGCACUGCCGCAAGCCGCUGAUAAACGCAGGAGACGGCAUCGGCGAGCAUCCCAGCCAAGCUCUGUUGGACAUAUUCACCAUCAGAGAAGAAAUCGGUACCGUUAACGGGCUGACGAUAACCCUGGUGGGAGAUUUGAAGAACGGCAGGACCGUUCAUUCUUUAGCCAGGCUUCUGACGCUCUACAACGUCCAGUUGCGAUACGUCAGCCCGCCUUCGUUGAAGAUGCCCGCUCACGUUACCGAGUUCAUCAGAUCCAAGGGCAUCUCGCAAGAGGAGUUCAAUUCAUUGGAGGAGGUGUUGCCCGAUACGGAUGUUUUAUACAUGACCAGAAUACAGAAGGAGAGGUUCAGCAACCAGGAAGAAUACGACAAAGCUUGCGGUCAUUUUGUGGUGACGCCUAAGCUGAUGACGAGGGCUAAGAGAAAGAUGGUGGUCCUUCACCCUCUGCCUAGAGUGUUCGAGAUCAGUCCAGAGUUCGAUACCGAUCCGCGAGCGGCCUAUUUCAGGCAAGCGGAGUGCGGGAUGUACGUCAGAAUGGCGCUCUUGGCGUUGGUGUUAGGUAAAUGUUAG